AUGAAAUCAAAUCUCAAACCUCCCGCCCACCCUCCACCUUUUGCGUCCCCUCCCCCACGUAUCUUCUUCUUUAACCUCCUCCAAUCCCCCUUCAAAAUCCUCUCUCCCAUAUUCCCCGUGAGAAACACAACAGGCCCCAACCCCGUCACACACAUCCCCCCUAAUACUACACAAACCCCCUUCCACCCCACGCCCUCCAUCAAAUACCCGCUCGCAAACGGCCCCGCAACCCCACCAAUCGCCAUCGCACAAUUCAACAGGCAGAAACUCGUAGCCCGCAGAUCGCUCCGCGUGCGCGCGUACACGUCAUCCGCGACGAGCGAGAACUCCGUCGCCAGCGGGCAGAGUGCGAACUGCAGCGUCGAGCUACCCGUCACGAGCAGUACGCAUAGGGAAAUCUUGUGGGCGAGCGAAGGAGUGGUGAUGAGCGUGAGGCAGAAUAAGGAGGGUAGGGUAGUGACGAGGCCGAAAAUAGCCACGACGCGCGCGCCGUACCGGUCACAGAGGAUGCCGGAGGGCGGGCCGAAGAGCGUGGCGAGCGCGGGGCAGAGGGAGAUGAGGCCGGCGGCGGUCGAGGUCCAGGAGAAGAGGGAUUGGGUGUAG